AUGCACAUUCUGCUGGCACCCAUCUUACAGCCCUCCGCAUACCCUCGGCCGCUCCGCGCGCCUGACCUGUUGGUGGUUAUUGGGCCGACGGUUGCGGAACUCUUCGUUGAUGAUGAUGGUAAUCAGACUACAAAUAGCAGAGGUGGUAAUGUUGUUGUUGGGUCGGGACGGGAGAUUACCGAGGUGCCUACUUGUGCCAAUUGUGCGGUAGAAUGCGAGGUCAAUUGCGAGGACCGGCGGACUUUCGUGCGAAAUGCUUUGGAUAGAGUGGAUAGGACUGAUGGAGGUAUGGCUAGGAUGAGAUGGGUGAAAAUGGGCGGGCAGAUGAGCAGGAGGGCUGUGGGAGAGAUCAAGAGGGUGCCGACUACGACCCCUAAAUCUAUUCAGAGCCCGCCGUCUUUAAAUCGGUCACGAUGGUCUAUUCAAGGUCGGACACACACUUCACAUGCAUUUCGUCUACCGGUUGACGGCGCUUUGGGUGCUCCGGAAGAACUAAGCGAUAGUGAAGGGAACCAUGUGGCUCCUCUAGAUCCCGUCAUAUACGUCUCGAUUUUCGAUCCCAUCAACGGACCUACUUUCAAGCCUAGCCCUACAAAACCAAUUCCUAAGUGGAUGCGGUGGCUUCCUAGCCAACGAGGUCAAGAUCGCCGUCAACAGAUCGAACCUCGACCCUAUUCUAUCCUUGAUCAAUAUUUCCCUCCUAACCCUAUAGAGCCGGAUAAUUAUCCUAUAUCCAACUCACCUACUAUUUGUCCAACAAGUCCCUCACCAAACCCGCUCUAUUCAGCAGGGACUCCACGUCCCUCUAAUCGCCUUCCCACACCUCGAAGCUCGGAGUUUGGUAAGCUAGCCGAGUCGACCAUCACCGCCCUCAAGGGCCCUUCCUUCGUUCUAGACGAGCCAUUAAAACGCCCUUCCUCACGGAUGGCCCAGUCGACAUCAGCUAGUCCCAAGUCUGCAAGAGCAAAGUUCACUUCACUACCUAAUCCACCGGAUGCUCGUAGUCACACACCAUAUGUCCCCCGGCAGCCUUCGCCUCUCGUAAUCCACGAGGGCCAAUCCUACAGUAAAGGCGUAUCACGGGAAGCGUUCCCGCGCCGCUCCCCGUCGCCGCUAACAGAGCAAGUAACAGCACAUCUUCAACAAUACGCCCGGCGGACACCACCCGCACAAUCAAGGGAGUUCCUUAACAUCUACAAGCCUUUCCAGCCGUGGAACCCAAGCGCCGCAGUCCCGGGCCGUAGGCAAGAUAGAGGUGUAGGCGACGGACGGCAAAUCCGGAAUAUGCUCGGCCGGGACCGCACGCCGUCGCCUAGCGGUGGUGCGAAGCAGGUCGUUACGGAUGGGGGAGAGGUGGUGGAUGUGCGGAGUAUAAGGAAGAAGUCGAGCUUGCAGAGCGAGAUAAAGAGAUUCUUGAGCGGGAGGGGUCUUGGUAGGGAGUGA